AUGCUGAGGGGAACCGUGGAAGCUCAUUAUGCUAAAAUAAGGAGCUAUAUUCUGGAGUUGAGCAAGUCUGACAGAGAAGGGAGGUUUGAACUACAUGUAGAUGCAGGUUCUGUUUUCAAGGCAUUGUACAUUGGGUUCAGUGGUCUAAGAAAGGGUUUCAAGGAGGGGUGCAUACCUGUGAUUGGUCUAGAUGGGGCUUUCCUUAAGACUUAUCUUGGUGGUAUAUUGCUAACCGCGGUUGGGACUGAUGGAAACAACCAAAUGUACCCCAUUGCAUGGCCAGUGGUUGAGGCUGAAAAUGAAGUUUGCUGGACUUGGUUCAUCAAAAUUGUUGCUGAAGAGUUGGAAUUGGGUGAAGGGGUAGGAGUUACCAUUAUCAGACUGGAGAAUGCAGUACAAAGUCUACUUCCAUUAGCUGAGCAUAGAAACUGUGCAAGGCACAUCUAUGCAAACUGGAAGAAAACACACAAAGGUCCUCUGUUGAAGCAGCAUUUCUGGAAGAUAGUUAGGAGUACUUACCUGGAGGAGUAUGAGAUUGCUUGCAGAGAGCUUGAGAAGGAAGAUGGCCAAGCAUAUGCAGAUUUGAUGGAUAAGAAUCCAAGCAGAUUCUGUAAGGCAUUUCUAACCCCUGGCAACUGCUCCGAUGUCAUUCUCAAGCAAAAUGUUGAUGAUUAUGUGCAUGAAUACUACUCCUUGAGGAAGUACAUGAAGGCAUAUGGAUAUGGGUUACCCGCAUUGAAUGGAGAGAAGCUCUGGCCUCAGGCUGAGGGGUACCCGGUUGUGCCUCCUCCUGUGAAGAAGAUGCCCGGCAGACCGAAGAAGGUUAGAAGGAGAGAUCUGUUCGAGAAGAAUCCUGCCAGACCCAACAGAAUGAAGAAGAUCUGUGUGAUGACAUGCCAGAAGUGUUUACAAGAAGGCCACAACUCCAGAACUUGCAAGAAUGAGCCAGUUGCGAAGAUGGGGAGGCCUCGCAAGACACCAUCCCUUGAAGGAAGUGGCACCACUGCAAUUACGGGGAGAGGUGGAAGAAGGGGAGGCCGUGGAGGAUGA